AUGGAUUUAAUCCAUCAACUUCCCGAUCGUUUGUUAUUCGCAAUACCAAAAAAAGGACGACUUCAUGAACAUUGUGUUUCAUUGCUCAGGGGGGCCGAUAUAAACUUUCAUCGUUAUAAUCGAUUAGAUAUUGCAUUAGUAAAAAAUUUACCUAUCGCGCUUGUGUUUCUUCCAGCGCCCGAUAUAGCAAAAUUCGUUGGAGAGGGAAAUGUUGAUUUAGGAAUAACAGGACAAGAUAUGGUGGAAGAAUGUCAAGUAACCGAUAAGAUUGAUAAAAUCCUGGAAUUGGGUUUCGGUUGUUGUAAAUUACAAGUACAAGUACCUAUUAAGAGCGGUAUAAAUCAAAUCGAAGAAUUGGUUGGUAAAAAAAUUGUAACAAGCUUCGAUGUAUUAGCCUCCAAAUAUUUUGCUGAAAUAGAUCAAAAGUAUUUAAACGAUGAAGAUAAGGCUGAAGGCAAAAAAACAAAAAUCGAAUACGUUAGUGGUAGCGUUGAAGCCGCUUGCGCGCUUGGAUUGGCCGAUGGUAUUAUCGAUUUAGUUGGUGAGUUGUUAAAAAUUAUUUUAAAAAAGUUGAUUCGUUCUUUAGCUCAAAAUCCCUUUGCUAACACCAAUUUUUUUACAUCUUUAGAAACGGGAGAAACAAUGAAAGUGGCAGGUCUAAAAGCCAUCUCGACAGUUCUCGAAACACAAGCCAUAUUAAUUCGAAACAAAAAUCCUUCCAACCCAUCUUUAGUCUCUAAAAUAACCUCUCGCAUCAAAGGUGUAAUAGCAGCAAAGAAGUACGUUUUGCUAAAUUAUAAUGUUUUAAGAGAUGAUCUUAAAGAGGCGACAAAACUUACACCAGGUCGUCAGGCUCCCACGAUCAGUCCCUUGGAGAAUAGUAAUUGGGUUGAAGUGCAAAGUAUGGUUGGAAAGGAUGAUGUUGCUGAAGUUAUGGAUAAAUUGGAAGAGAUCGGCGCAAGAGAUAUCAUGUUAUUUAAAAUUGAUAAUUGUAGAGUUUGA